AUGUGCCUCGUUGUGUGCCAUGAGGUCAGGCAGCUCCGACCAGAACUUUCACAACCAGCCAGCCCAGACAACGAUUGUGAAGCUAUCUACAAGAUGGAAGGCCUUUUCUUCAAUGUCAACAACGGUUACAUCGAGGGUAUCGUACGCGGAUACAGAAAUGGACUCCUGACCGGCCAGAAUUACAACAACCUGAUACAAUGCGAGACGAUUGAUGAUCUGAAGCUUCAACUCGGUCCAGCAUACGGCGACUUCCUUGCGUCACUACCACCCAACCCUUCGACUUCUACCCUCGCAGCGAAGACGACUGAUAAACUGAUCUCCGAAUUUCGAUACGUACGCUCCAAUGCAGUUGGAUCACUGGCGAAGUUCAUGGACUAUCUCACAUAUGGCUACAUGAUCGAUAACGUCGCUCUUCUGAUUACGGGAACCUUGCACGAAAGAGAUACCCGGGAGCUCUUGGAGCGAUGCCAUCCGCUGGGUUGGUUUGAGACUAUGCCCGUUCUCUGCGUAGCGACAAACAUCGAGGAGCUGUAUAACAGUGUCCUGAUCGAGACCCCGCUUGCGCCUUACUUUAAGGGUAGCUUGAGCCACCAAGAUUUGGACGAGUUGAACAUCGAGAUUGUCCGAAACACCCUGUACAAGAACUAUUUGGAGGACUUCCACAACUUCGUGAACACGGACCCCGAAAUGGCAGGCACACCCACGGCUGAGGUUAUGACCGAGAUUCUAGAGUUCGAAGCGGAUCGAAGAGCUAUCAACAUCACUCUGAACUCUUUCGGAACUGAGCUAUCAAAAGGCGAUCGCAAGAAGCUGUAUCCAUCUUUUGGCCGCUUAUAUCCUGAGGGAUCAUUCAUGCUCUCCAGAGCAGAUGAUAUCGAGGGUGUCCGACUGGCUGUUGAUGGGGUCAGUGACUACAAAGGGUACUUUGAGGCUACCGGAUUGGGUCAAGCUAGCACCGGAGCAGGAAACAUGAGUGGCGGUGUUGGUGGUGAUGGAAAGAGCUUGGAAGAUAUGUUCUACCAAAAGGAGAUGGAGAUCUCGAAGAGUGCGUUCACGAGACAAUUCUCACUUGCAAUUGUCUAUGCUUGGGUAAAGUUGAGAGAACAGGAAAUUCGGAACAUCACCUGGAUUGCCGAGUGCAUAGCACAAAACCAAAAGGACAGAAUUGGUAAUUACAUCAGUGUAUUCUAG